UGUGUCGAGAAUCAUAUCCUAUAUAAUUUCGGCACAGCUUGGAGCCAGUUAUCUGGAAGCAAAAUGGCAAGGUUGCAGCAAAUCUCUGUUUGCAUACUCAUAGUGCUUUCAUCUUACUAUCCACGGCUAACUGUCUCUCAAUCAACGGUCAGCUAUCUACCUGGCUUUUCUGGCCCUCUCCCCUUCCGUCUAGAGACCGGGUACGUGGGUGUGGGGGAUUUGGAAGAACACCAGCUGUUUUACUACUUCGUGGAGUCUGAGAAGAGCCCCAAAGAGGACCCUCUUGUCCUGUGGCUCUUAGGCGGCCCUGGCUGCUCAGGGUGGAGUGCCCUUGUCUACGAAAUAGGUCCAUUAUAUUUUGAGAAUGUUCCAUAUAAUGGAUCUCUACCAACUUUGAAGCUAAGAGAACAUUCAUGGACAAAGAUUUCCAACAUCAUCUUCGUUGAUUCACCUGUUUGGACUGGAUUUUCAUAUUCAAGUGGUUCAAAAGAUUACUUGGGUGGGGACAUAAAAUCUUCCAAGGAAGUUCAUCAGUUUCUAAGGAAGUGGUUGAUAGCUCACCCACAGUUCCUAUCAAAUCCUCUCUACAUUGCUGGUGAAUCAUAUUCUGGCAUAACUCUUCCCAUCGUCGUUCAUGAAAUAGCGAAUGGGAUUGACGCUGGACAGGAACCAAUCCUCAAUCUUAAGGGCUAUUUGCUCGGAAACCCAUUAACGAAUAGAGUAAUAGAUGGUGGCUCAUUUGUACCAUACGCCCGUGGGAUGGGCCUCGUAUCGGAUGAACUCUACGAGUCAACCAAGAAAAGUUGUAGAGGAGAUUAUACAAAGCCAAGUAAUUUUAAAUGUUCAAUGGAUCUUGAGGCAGUAAAUAAGUGCAUUGCAGGAAUUUAUACAGAUCAUAUUCUGGAGCCCAAUUGCCCCCUGGCAUCCCCAAAGCCAAAAGAUACAGUGGGACACGGAAGAUCUCUUAAAGAGAAUUCUAGAGAACUCCUCCUCCCAGAUCCCCUUCCUACUUUUGGGUGCAGGGGUUAUUGGUAUUUGCUCUCCUAUUAUUGGGCAGAUGAUGCAAGUGUUAGAAAGGCUCUCCACAUCCGUGAGGGAACGGUCGGUGAAUGGCUACGGUGCAACAGAGAGCUGGCUUAUGUUCAGGAUGUCAACAGCAGUGUAAAGUACCAUCUCAACCUGACCACGAGAGGAUACCGAGCUCUGAUAUAUAGCGGUGAUCACAGCUUAUCGAUAUCAUUUGUGGGGACAGAAACAUGGAUAAGAUCGCUGAAUUUCUCAAUAGUUGAUGAUUGGCGACCAUGGGCCGUUGAUGGCCAAGUUGCCGGGUAUACAAGGACCUAUUCCAACGACUUCACAUUUGCAACCGUAAAGGGAGCGGGCCACACGGCUCCAGAAUACAAGCCCAAGGAAUGCUUUGCGAUGCUCCACCGUUGGAUUUCCCAUAAUCCCCUAUAAUUACCUCAUUCCAUUUCGUUUUAGAGUUCAAAUGCCCAUCAUUUCCAUGCAUGGGCCGCCGAACUCUCUAUUGAACAUGGUCAAGAGAGUGUGGGUACAUUGCAAUCUUCUAAAAGAUUUUAUAAGCUAGCUAUGGUGGGCCACUCAAUUAGUAUAGGUACUGUUUGGAUGCAGAAUUGAUUCCCUUGGCAAUAAGGUUAGAAGGAAAGCCAAAUGUCUAAUGUUGGACUUGUCCUACUUUAUUUAGGCUAUAUUUGGAUAAGAUCUCUUUAGAAAUAUUUAUAUUUAUAUAAUCAAGAUUUUGGAGGGCCAUGCAUAAAAAUUUGGAUAAAAUCUCGUUGGAAAUAUUUAUAUU